UGAUAAUAUGGUAUCUUGUUUAUCCAUCACAAGAAACAUUAAAUAAUAAUAAUAUCCAAUAGUCAAUACGACCAAAUGCCAUAUAAUGAUUAACGAUUAACGGUAGUAUUCAUAACUGUCUUAAAUGACGUACGAUUAACUGUCCAUCGCCUGAAUUAAAUAAUUACACAAAUGGAACAGUAUUUUCCAACUAUUAAUGAAGGAAAAAAGUAUGAGAUACGUUCCACGAUGGGUUCAAAAAUAAAAAUGACCAAGAGUAUGUCUGUAAUCCGAAGCCACAGAUCUAUUCUGAGUGACGGAAUACUAAUGAAAUCGGGAAUAGGAAAACCAUCAAUUUACCAUGCUUUGGUCAUUAUAUUUUUAGAGUAUUUUGCUUGGAGCUUACUCACUUUACCAGUAAUAUCAAAAUUAAAUAAUACAUUCCAAGAUCAUGCUUUGCUCAUGAAUGGUAUUAUUUGGGGUAUAAAGGGUAUUCUAUCGUUCCUAAGUGCCCCAUUGAUUGGUGCCUUAUCUGAUGUUUGGGGGCGAAAAUUGUUUCUAUUAUUAACAGUAUUUUUCACAUGUAUCCCAAUACCUUUUAUGUGUAUUGAUUCUGGGUGGUUUUUUGCCUUGAUAAGUAUUUCCGGGUUAUUUUCUGUAACAUUUUCAGUUGUAUUUGCUUAUGUAGCAGAUGUGAGUGAUGAGAAAGAAAGGAGUUGCUAUUAUGGCUGGAUAACUGGAACAUUUGGAGCUAGUAUGGUUUUUGGACCAGCCCUUGGUUCAUAUAUUAUGGAAACUUACAAUACUAGUUUUGUUGUAUUUUUAGCAUCAUUAAUAGCACUUUUAAAUGUAUUUUUCAUAAUUGUCGCUGUUCCAGAAAGUCUACCACAUAAACAACGAACAUCUACUAAUUGUAUAUCUUGGAAAAAAGCAGAUCCAUUUGUUGCUUUGAGAAUGGUUGGCCGAGAUCGAACUAUAUUGAUAUUAUGCUUAACAGUGUUUUUGUCAUAUCUUCCUGAAGCAGGAGAAUACUCUUCAUUAUUUGUAUAUUUGAGACUUGUUAUGGGAUUUAGUAUGUUCAAAGUGUCAUUACUAAUUGCAUUACUAGGACUGCUUUCAGCAGUUAUUCAAUCUGUUCUUGGUAUGAUAAUGAAAAUGAUGGGAGCUAAAUACACAAUAAUGAUUGGUUUGGUAUUUGAAAUCAUGCAACUUAUGUGGUUUGGAUUUGGUUCAGAGACUUGGGUCAUGUGGUCUGCCUGUUUUUUGGCUGCCAUUUCAAGUAUUACAUAUCCUGCUAUUAGUUCGUUUGUUUCCAUUCAUUCAGAUGCAGAUAAGCAAGGUGUGGUUCAAGGAGUGGUGACCGGAGUAAGAGGCCUUUGUGGUGGAUUAGGACCCGCAAUGUUUGGAUUCAUUUUUUAUUUGUUUGAUGUUAAUUUGAAUGAAGGAAUGCAAAUAGCACAUACAACUCAACAUUCACUUAAUAGUUCAGUUAUAAUUAAACAUUUAAAGUACAAUAUAAAUAACAAUCCAUCUUCUUCGAUGAUUCCAGGACCACCAUUUGUCUUUGGUUCACUUCUAGUUAUGUGUGCAUUAUUGGUCUCUGUUUUUAUUCCAGAAAAUGUUCCCGCUGGCUCUGAUCAACGUCAUAAACAAAUUGGUUCUUCAACUCAGUAUCAAAUUGGUCGAAUAAAUGUUCAAUCUUAUCUUUAAUUGGUUGUCUAGUCACAUAUUAUAUUUAAUGUUUAGAGAUGGUUUCUUAAAAAAGAAAAUAGUAACUACCUUUUGUGAUUUGUGUUAAAGCUUAUAUAUUUAAAAUGUAUUCGGUCACAUUGAGUUAAACUUUACAAUGAAGAAAAUAGUUACUAUACAAUAUUAUUUAAAUAAUUCCUAUGGAAGCUUGAUGUAAUUUAUAUGCUAAUUUAUUAUUUAACAUAGUAUUAUACAUUAUACACAAGUUGUUUAAAGCUUGUGCAUCCACUAUUAAUUAUAAAUAGAUAAUCAAUUUACAAAAAGUAAAAUCAUAAUGUUUAAUCUACAAAUGUUUUUCUCAGCUAAAUAAGCAAACCUGCAUUAUUAAUUGGAUUAAUUUAAUAUGUAUGUUGUGUUUUGUGUAUACUUUAAACAUUUAAACAUUGAAUAUUUAAAAUUAUUAACUGUCCAAUGUUUAACUGAAUAAUGGAAUACUGUGCAACAUGUGCAUUCAAAAAAAUCUAUUUGGAUGUAUAAAAUAAGAAUUAAGUAUUUAUUGUUUACAUUCAUUGUAUUGUAAAUUAUCCUUCAUAAUUACUUGGUCUCAUUAUUCUCAUUUUGUUAUCUAAGUUAAUGUAUGUGUUAAAUUUUUAUUUUACUUUUAACUUAUUUAUACUCCUGAUCUCGGUUAAAUUAGUUAAAAUUUAAAAAAACGAUAUUAAUUUAUUAUGCACCCAAAUUACACCAUCCCUAGAUAAAAAGUUAGUUGCAUAUUAUUAUUGCGUUGGUUAAAAUUUCGCUAUUUUCUCAAUACGAAAAUUGUAAUAUUGUAAUAAUAUUUAAAUGCUAAAUAAAAACUAUUUAAUUGGCA